UGGCAACAUAGGUACUGGCACAUUUUUCUGGGGUCAUAAAAACUUCUUGUUGCUAAUUUUUUAAAAUUUUCCAUAGUAAAUUUAUUAAAAAAAAUAACAUAAAUACAAAUUGUAAAGAAAAAGUAGCUUAAAAUUAAAACUUAUUAAUUAAACAAUAAUUAAAUAUUCAUUUUUUUAAAGCCGGUAUAAACUUAACAAAUGUUAAGGCGUGUAAUGUUAUGCAAGCUAAUAUAAAAAUAACAAAAACUUUAAAAUUUGCAAAAAUGUAUUAAGAAUUUUAAAACACACAUUCAUUAAUAAAACACAGUGAAGAAAAGAAAAGCGAAAAUGGUAUUUAAUCGCAUUAUUUCGAAUAUAAAACACUCCUCGAAUGCCACUUUAAAAGCCUGGUGCUAUCAGUGCGAAUCAAUAUUAGCCCAACGGUCGAGACGUUUACAACAACUAUUUACAUUUUAUCAUCGAGUUUAUGGAUCACAUGGCUUAAAGCUGCUGAUAAGAUCCUAUCAUCGACAACUGCCACAAUUCAAGGGAACAAAUUUGGUUUUAAGUGCCGUUGGUGUGGUGGGCUGUCUAACGGGUAAUGGCAACGGCUCGGGUUUCGAUUGGAAUACAGAACGUUUGAGUUUAGCAAAUUUUGAUACCUGCCAUCAUGAUGUGGAGUUUAUUAACACUAUACAUCGCAAUAAAUUAUGCGAACGUUGUAAAGAGUACAAUAUGAAAUAUUGCUAUUGUUUGGUGGGCAAUAGCAAACGUAAUGGUAAAAAAGCGCUUAAUGGAACGACACACUUGUAUAUGGAGCGUAAUGGUGUAGAUGGCACAGCCGGCAAGGGUAAUGCAAUGAUAGUUAGCGAAAGUGAACGAAAUUGGGAGCCCUACUUUAGUAAAGAUCAUUUUCACAUAUGGCGUAGAGAAGAACGUACCGCCAUGUAUUCCUAUAAGGUAUAUGCUAGCUUUAAUGAUAUAUCAGCAUCUGAUUUGAUGCAUGUACAAGUUGAUUUGGAUUAUCGCAAACAAUGGGAUGACACAGCGGUAGCUUUGCACUUAAUUGAGGAGGAUCCUAUGCCCGGCACCAAUUCCCAUCUAAUCUAUUGGGAAAUGCAGUGGCCUAAGUUUUUCAAUAAUCGUGAUUAUGUCUAUUGCCGGCGUUUUAUAUGUGAUGACAAGCGAAAAGUAAUGAUGGUGGCCAAUCGAGGUACACAACAUCCUCAAUAUCCUCAUGUUAGUGGCAAAGUACGUGUUACAGACUAUUGGAGUUUUAUGGUUAUAAAACCCUAUCGUAAUUUUCAAGAGCCAGGUGUUCAUUAUAUAUUAACCUAUUACGAUGAUCCCGGUUUACCUAUACCACAAAGCAUUAAAUCGUGGGUAGCUCAAAAACAAAUGCCGGAUAUAUUACAAAAAAUGUACUUUGCCACUAAGAAUUAUUCGUAUAAAAAAGCCUUGGCCAUGAAGGAUGUUUUCAGUAGUUUUAGUAUGUUAAAUAAUGAGUAUGCAGCUAACAAAUCCCGUGACAGUUGGUUGCAAAGAUUCUGGCGUCCCAGAUCCGAUGAGAAUCUAGAAAAAGGCGAAUAAGGAAAGAAUUUUAUAAAGAGAAAGAGAGAGAGUUUUUGACAAGUUUCUAUAUAUGUUAUUAAAAACAGAGAGAGAGAGUCUUUCAAUUGAUAAUUGUUUCAAAUUAGGUGCCUUUUUUAAAGCUCUUGAGUUAAGAAAAUGGACUAAAGAACUAAAGCAGUUUUGAAGAUGUGUCAUUAAGCAAAAGUGUAAACAAUAGAAAAGUUAAACAUGCCAAAGCAAAUAGAAAAUAUACAAUUAGAAACUAAUAGAUAAUUAUGUGGGUAUAUUGUUAAAGUAUUACUUACAAUACAUUAUAUAUUAUAAAAGAAUUUCAUUUCUUGUUUUUUAUAUAGAGAGUCCUUAUUAAAAGACAAUAUAAAUUCUAAUACGGAUUACACAAUUGGCAGCAUUUCUCUAAAGAAAAUUGUACCACAACAAUAGAACUGUUGCAACUAAAAUGUACAUUUAAUAUUGUAUUUUAACUUCCGCAAAGGUUCUAUUCUUUUCCUUUUACAGACUUUCUAAUUUUUUAAUUUUUUUUUUGGCAAAAACUCUAUACUCGUUAAUAGUUAUAACAAAGUUCAUUUUCAUCAUAUAUUCUCAAACAAAAUAUCAAAUACAUUACAUAAAUCUUAAACUAAAGACUAAAUAACAAAAAUUGUUUAAAAGUUUUUCUUUUUUUUCAAAUUUUUCUUAAUAUACAAUAGUGAAAAAAAUUAAAGAAAUCACUUAAAAAAAAUUGUUAACAUAUUUCUUGGUUCUUCAUUUACAAAAAUUCUAUAUAAAUGUCUUAAAAAAUUGUUUUAAUUAUUACGUCUAUAAUACUCCCCUACAUCCCAAUAAAAUGAAAAUAAAUUUUUCUUACAAAAAAAGUGAUAAA